GGGCCAUCCUGGCGAGAUCCUUGUAUCGCCGGUACACGUCCCCUACGAAGGACAUUCCGGGCCCCCCUCAUCCAGGAUGGCGCAAGUUCCUCGUCGGCCACUUUGCGAUGCUGAGGGACGCGAAAAACCCGGGCGACGCAAUGGCGCGCUGGUUUGAGGAGUAUGGACCCGUCUUCAAGGUUGUGGGCAUAGCGGGCAGCGACCGACUGCUGACGACGGACACCCGCGCGCUGCACCACCUCUCGACGCGGGACGACAUCUAUUGGAAGCCGAGCUCGACGCGCUACAGCCUUGGGCGCGUAGUCGGUGAUGGCAUCCUGAUCACCGAGGGCGAGCAGCACAAGCAGCAGCGCAGGAUCAUGAGCCCGGCCUUCGGUCCGAACCAAGUCCGCGAGUUGACGCCCAUCUUCCUCGAAAAGUCGGUCAAGCUUCGCGAAUGCUGGGACCGCGCGAUCCAGGCCGAGGGCGGCAAGUCCGCGCACCUCAACGUGCUCCGCGAGCUCUCGCGCAUGACGCUCGAUGUUAUCGGGAAAGCCGGCUUUGGCUACGACUUCAACACCCUCGACAAUGGCGAGGAGGCGAGCGAGCUCAGCAGGGCUUUUGGCACUCUCUUCGGUGCGCCGGUCAACAGCCGGCAGUGGCUGCUCCUGCAAGCAUGGAUCCCGCCCCUGAGGCUGAUCCCCGGCCCCGGCGACAAGGCGGAGAAAACGGCGAUGGAGACGAUGCACCGCAUCGGGCGCGACCUGCUCGCGCAGGCGCGCGCCGAGGCCGAACAAGCGGAGAAGACGGGCAGCAGCGACUUCAAGGGCAGGGACCUCUUCUCCUUGCUCGUGCGCGCGAACAUGGCCGCCGACUUGCCGCAGCGUUUGAGGAUGUCGGAUGAGGAUGUCUUGUCGCAGGUCCCCACCUUCAUGGUCGCCGGGCACGAGACGACCGCGACGGGCACCACCUGGGCCAUCCACCAGCUCACGCAGAACCCGGCUGUCCAGUCCCGCCUCCGCGACGAGCUGCGCACGCUCGACACCGACACCCCCACGCUCGACGAGCUCAACUCGCUCCCGUACCUGGACAACUUCGUCAAGGAGGUCCUGCGCUUCUACUCGCCCGUGCCCUGGACCGCGCGCGUGGCGAUGCGCGACGACGUGGUGCCGCUUGAGGAGCCAUACACGGACAAGAAGGGGCGGGUGUGCUAUGAGAUCAAAGUGCGCAAGGGCCAGCAAUUCCUCCUUCCCAUUCACUGCCUGCACCGCAAGAAGUCGAUCUGGGGUGAGGACGCGAACGAGUUCAACCCCGACCGCUGGGACGCGCCGUCAGACGCGAUCAAAAACGUCCCCUCUGUGUGGAGCCACCUGUUCUCCUUCUCUGCCGGCUCGCAUGCGUGCAUUGGGUUCAGGUUCUCGAUUGCCGAGAUGAAAGCCCUCCUCUUCAUCCUCGUGCGCGCCUUCGAGUUCGAGCUUGCCGUACCGGUGGAUGACCUCAAGGUCCGCGCGUCGGUCGUGCAGCGUCCUGCUCUGAUCAGCCAGCCAGAGGCGACGGCGCAGCUCCCGAUUAUCAUCCGUUCGGCUGCGUAAACUCUGGACGCACGAAAGCCCCUAAGUACCUGUUAUAUAUCCACUGGACUGUUCGACCUAGUUUGACUCGCUCAUUUAUGGACUUCGCUCUGGCAUCGUUAUUUAUCUGAUUAGUAUAGCGUGCAUGGUGUCACUCUUUGGUGUUGUAUAACUAUUCUCUCAUAGCGUUUGAGAACAGAGGUUUUCGGACCAUC